CCUCCGGAAAUGCGUGGUCUCUAGCUCUCUGUAUGUGUGUGUGUGUGUGCUUAGGUGCCCGAGCUACUGAGGGUCUAAGUCCGGGCAGCCAAGAGAGUGUGGUAGGUAAACGGUGGUCAGCGCCCAGGGUCAUUUCGUCGCUGGGAAGGGACGGCCCUCGCCCGCGGUGAUGGUGGUUAGCAAGAUGAACAAAGAUGCGCAGAUGAGAGCAGCGAUUAACCAAAAGUUAAUAGAAACUGGAGAAAGAGAACGCCUCAAAGAGUUGCUGAGAGCUAAAUUAAUCGAGUGCGGCUGGAAGGAUCAGUUGAAGGCACACUGUAAAGAGGUAAUUAAAGAAAAAGGACUAGAACACGUUACUGUUGAUGACUUGGUGGCUGAAAUCACUCCAAAAGGCAGAGCCCUGGUACCUGACAGUGUAAAGAAGGAACUCCUACAAAGAAUAAGAACAUUCCUUGCUCAGCACGCCAGUCUUUAAGGGAGAACUAGAAUGUGUUGUUCUGUGGAUUUAUUUCUGAAAGUAAAACUUGCCAUAAAUUAGAAAUUGAUUUCCCAAAAUAAAGUCCUUUUUUGUAUGAUGGUAUACAGUUUUCAGUAAUGAUGUAUACAUUGUAUUGAUUUUUUCCCUAAAUGUGUUAUUUUAAUAAAUAUCUCAUGAAUAAGUUUCAAUUUUUUUAUUUUGGAACAAAUGGAAUUCUGUUUAUUACUGAAUGACUAGAUAUGCUGAGAGAAAAUGCCAGCAAUUACUUACUAUAAUCCAGUAUUUAUAUGUGUGAUUCUCUGUGCUAACAGCUGAGAAGGCUUUCUGGGUUGUCUACAUAUGGUAUGUUCCUUUUUUGAAUUCUCAUAGUUGCUACCUGUUGUGUCGUAUUUCUUACAAAAUCUGAGCGUUAGGACUGGGUCUUACUUAUCUGUAUGUGCCUUCCUUAUGCUUCAAAGACUUUACCAUCUAGUGGAAGACAGAACACUUGCAAGCUGGCUGCACACCAUCCUACUCAUCUGAACUUUGACUGCAGAAUCUCUAAAUUGCAUCCCCAUACACUGAGGUCAAGAAAGAACUUGUUAAUGGGAAAUAAUCUCUACCCGUUAGCUUUCCUCCUCCAUCAGGAUUGCUGUAUCUAAUGUAAUGGACUCUUGUCUGUUCACGUGACCUUUGACACAGAGAUGCUGUCGACCAUCCUUCCACUCAGAACCUUGCUUCCUACUACUGCAAAUCCUUUUCUGAUUGUUUUCGUUUGUUAUUUUGAGUCUUUUGGGUUUUUUGAUUUUGUUUUAAUGGGUUUUGUUUUGGUUUUGUCGAACUUUUUGCUUUAUGGAACUUUUAAGUCAUGUUUUGUAGGACUUUCUACUGAGUCCUCUACUUAAUAUAUUUUCCCUGGCUUGAAACCCAGAAAAUGGAUCUGACAAUAGCUUCAAAUACCAACAGACUGAUAAAUGGCUAAGUUCCUCAAAGCCAGACUUAAUUCUAGCCUCAAUGCCCAUAUACCCAUUAAUGAGUCUGCUUCCUAGGCUAUUAGACAAACAUCUUAAAAUGACAAUACGUUUAAGUAGUAAUGUUCCCCCCUCGUAACUACACAUGUGUUCCUUAUUCAUGGGAUCCCUCAGAUACAGACGGCUCAAGUUGAUUGUUAAUGCUAUUUCUGAAGGUAAGAGAUGGGAUUAUUUCUGCAACACCCUAUGUUUGUGUUACAUUUGCUGAUUGAGGAGUGCUGUGAGAUUAUCCUCAUCACCCUAGUGACUGCAGUGACUCCUCUGUGCCUCCAUUGUCUCCUUUACUGGUACUGCCUAUGUGGCCUUAGAAAAUUCAAAUCUGAUCACUUUUUCCCGCUUGAAAUGUGAGUACUGGAUGAUGUCCAAAUUCAGCAUAGCUAGGUCCAUCUGUAGCAUUUCCAACAUAGGAAAUUGUUCUAUCCCAUAGCAUCUUUCAAAACCCGUCAACCUAGGAAGGCCUUCAAGUCCUCAUUACUCAGUACUUUCCCUUCAGAGUUGAGCUUGAGCUUUGAAGUGUUCUGAAAAUCCUAUGAUUUCAUUUCCUUACCACUGAUUACUAUUUGGAUUUUUGAGAUAGGUUGUCCCUUUAUGGGCCAGAUAACCAAACUCAAAACCCAUUCUGGCCUUGAACAUGAAUCCUGAGAACUGGGCAUGGUACAUCUGGUGGGGAGGAAACGUGUCUUCAUUGUUUGAUGCUAAUUGCUGAAUGAAUGGGUAAGGGAAUGGAUGAAUUCAGUGUGCACUACAGGAACAUGAACUAGUCCUAAGAAGUGGGGUAUAAUUGAGGAAGGUCUUCUCAAUUGUCGGUUCAUGGUCCACAAUGUCAUGAGUUCAAAUCUCAUCGAGUCGAGUAACUAUGUAAAAUAUGUAUUUGGGUCUUGACACAUGUACAAACACAAAAUCUUACCCAAAGUGAUGUUUUGUUUCAGUUUCAUAAUGUUCUAAAAUAUUGAUAGGGUGUUCAUUUUGUCACCAGUUUUCAGAAAGGAAAUAGUCUUACAUGGUAAACAGAAAAUAUUAGAAAUAAGGGGUAGUUCUUCAUAAUUCUGUACAUAGAAACACAUGGAAAGGGCUUAUAAAGAUACUAUUGUAAUAUCCCAAAAGACUUAAAAAUAACCAAGUUUUGGAACUAUCUUAAUGGGAGAAAUUGCUAAGUCGACAAUACUUUGUAGACAUUUAAGUUAAGAGCAUAGAUUUGGUUUUUGAAGGUGUGUUUUGCUUUUUAUGUUAUUUUUGGGUUUUGCCAUUUGUUUUGAGACAGGGUCACAUGUAAUCCAGGCUUUCCCUGUACUUGCUAUGUAGCCGAGGUAAGCCUUGAAUACCUGAUCCUCCUACCUCUACCUCCCAAGUGCUGGGAUUACAGGUGUGUGCCACCGCUGGGGCCCAUAACUAAGUCUAGAUUUAAAAUAAUGCUAAGACUCCCCUACCACUGUUUUCUUUGGCAUCUUAUAAAUGUCUUGUAGAUGGAAUCUAGCAUCACUGGUAUUUGUAAAUAAAUCAACUUUGUGAACA